AUGAGCAAGUAUAACCAUAGUGACAUAGAGGAGAGAAACGAUUCUGACCAUGAACAUUUGUACGAGAAUAUUGAUCAACUGAGACAUAUGGUGACUAGUGAUAGUGGCAAUGAUGAUGAUAUAGCUGUUGAUGAAGAUGAGAGUGAAGAUAAUAUGGUUAUAGAUAUGAGUGAUGAUGAUUAUACGUAUAAUGACCUUAGAAGAGAUAUGCAUGACGACAAUGAGGAGGGCAAGCAAGAAGGAUUUUAUGAGUCUGACGAUGGGAAUUCUUUGUUAAGGGAAUUCUCCGAUUAUGGAGAAGUCGAGGAAGAUGAUGAUGAGGAAGAUUUUAUGAAUGCAAUUAGGGAGGCAAAUAAUUUUAAAGUUAGAAGAAAAAAAAAUAAAACUAAAGGAAAGAAAACACCAUCAAGACCACGCAGAGAGAAAAUAAUUGAUCCUGAACUAGCUCAAUUGAUUUCAGAUGCUAAUGAAGCAUUUGUUAGAAAUGAUUUAUUGGUUGCUGAAAAAUUGUAUAAUGACAUUAUUAAAAAAGACGCAAGAAAUUUUGCUGCUUACGAGACAUUGGGUGACAUUUAUCAACUUCAAGGUAGAUUGAAUGAUUGUUGUAAUUCUUGGUUCUUAGCUGCACAUUUAAAUUCUUCUGAUUGGCAAUUUUGGAAAGUUGUAGCAAGACUUUCAGCAGAUUUGGGUCACAAAAGACAAGCAAUUUAUUGUUAUUCACGUGUAAUUAAUAUCAAUGCAGAUGAUUGGGAGUCUCUAUAUAAUAGAUCCACCAUGUAUAAAGAGAUUGGACAAAUUGGUAGAGCAUUAGAAGGUUUCCAAAAAAUUUACCAUCAUAAUCCCUUCGAUGCUAAUAUAUUAAGAGAGUUAGCAGUUCUAUAUGUCGAUUAUGAGAGAAUCCCUGAUUCAAUAGAUUUGUAUUUGAAAGUAUUUGAAAAAAACGUACAGAAAAGAAAGGCAAUAUUAUCUGCUUCAGAGAGUGCUCUUGAGUCUUCAGAAGAUGAAGAAACAACUUCGGAUAAAUUGGAAAAUGAAGGAAAUGAAGAGAGUGAUGUAGAUAUUGAAAUAACUGAUGAAAUGGAAGAAGAAAUGGCAGAAUAUCCCAAUAUUAAUUGGAAAAAAAUUUAUAAACGUUAUAAAUGUAUCACCUUUGAUUGGUCAGCACUAAAUAUUCUAACAGAACUAUAUCUUAAGCUGCCAGUCAAUCAACAAUCAGGGAUUAAAACUAUAAAACGUUGUGCUCGUUGGAUACAACAUCGUGAAUUGCAAGUAUUUUGGGAUGAUGUUCUGGAUGAUUCCGAAUUUGAUGAUAGAAGAAACAAAAACGGUAGAUUUGAUGCUCUUCCUGAGGUUGAGAAGAAUAAGGAGUAUUUUUUACCAAUCGAUAUAAGAAUUAGACUUGGCUUAUUUAGAUUACAUAAUGAUCAACUACUAGAAGCCAUGAGUCAUUUCCAAUUAUUAUAUGACGAGUCAUUUACAGAAGUUGCAGAUUUAUAUUUUGAAGUUGCCAUAACAUUAACAAAAAAUGAAAAAUAUAAAGAAGCUAUCGACUUCUUUUUGCCUUUAUUGACAUUGGAGGACUAUAAUAAUAUCGAAUUAUUCAGACCAAUUGGUAAAUGCUACAAGGAAACAGAGGAUUAUGCAAAUGCCAGGAUAUAUUAUGAAAAGGUGAUUAAAUCUAACCUUUGUGAUUUAGAUGAUAAGGUUGCACUGGCAGAAAUAAAUUAUCAGUUAGGUAAUAUGGAUGAAUUUAACAACAUACUGUUAGAAGUAGUGGAGUUAAGAAAAAAAGAAACAGAAAAUUUAAUAAAGAUUGCGACGGAAGAUGAAAACAUUGAUAUAGGAACACAAAACAAAGAAUCGGCUACGAAUAGAAAACCUAAAGGAGAUGAUGUCUCUAGUAAACCAUUACUAGAGGACAGCAUGUUUAGACAGGCUACUUUUAGAAAGAAAAAGACUCCAGAAGAUGUUGAAAGAGAGAAAGCAGAACGUGAGAGGAAAAUAACUUCAAAAGUUGUUGAACAAUAUAAUAAACUGAAACUUUUUAAAGAAGAUCUUGAUCUGGGCAAUAAAAAACAGAUAUUAUUAUGGGUUGAUGCAGUUUCUGAUUUGAUUGAUGUAUUCACUAGUGUUAAAAAUUUUUUCAUGAAAAGUAGAUCUAAAAGGUUUGUAGGUAUCAUUAGGAGAACAAAGAAAUUCAACAAAGCAAUUGAUCAAAAAAUUGACAGACUGGUGAAAUUAUCAGAAGGUGGCACAAUUGUAGAUGGUUUCCCUCUAAUGGAAGAACGUGUGAUUCUUACUUCAACUACAAAGCUUCGUGGUUUGACCUACGACCAAUGGUUUGAUUUAUUUAUGGAAUUAUCUUUAACUAUUACAAAAUUUCAAAGUAUAGAAGAUGGUUUGAGUGUCAUUGAAACAGCUCAAGAAGUCAAUGUAUUUUAUCAAAACCCAGAAAGGGUUAAGAUGAUGAGGUUUGUUAAACUUGCAAUUGUUCUGCAAAUGGAUAAUGAAGAAGCCUUGACCGAAAAUUUAAGAAGUCUACUAAACCAAUUUCAAUUCAACAGAAAAGUAUUACAGGCUUUUAUGUAUAGUUUGUCUAGGAACCAAACAUCUUUGGAAAUAUUGAGUUCAACAGUACAGCAAAAAUUCUUUUUAAGACAGUUAAAAGCAUUCGACAGUCUUAGGUAUGGAAUAUACGUAAGUGGUCAAGCCUUUAUUACAAAUAAGGAAGUUAUUAAUCCGAACAACAAAAUCUCUCCAUAUUUGUACUAUAUAUAUGCUAUUCUGUUAUAUUCCAGUAGAGGUUUCUUAUCUGCUUUGCAAUACUUAAAUUUAUUGGAAAGGGAACUGCCGAAUGAUCCUAUGGUUAAUCUAUUGUCUGGGCUAUCCCAUUUACAUCGUUCUAUGCAAAGAUUAACCCCUAACAGGCAUUUCCAAAUCCUUCAUGGUUUACGUUAUAUAUUCAAGUACUAUGAUAUACGAUCUGAAUCAUAUACUGAUCUAGAAAAACAAGAAGCAGAUUACAAUUUGGGUAGGGCAUUCCAUCUCAUAGGUCUAUUUUCGAUUGCAGUCCAAUAUUACCAUAAAGUCAUGGAAGCCUAUCCUGAUCCAGUAUUGAAGAAACAUGCUGCUUACAACUGUAUUAUUAUUUACCAAGAAAGUGAUAACACUGAACUAGCAUCAUAUCUAAUGGAAAAAUAUUUAUCGGUGUAA